CAUUAUCCCCAAUACGUGAAGAACCCGGUGAAAUAAGUUCCACUGCAGACGUCACAGCUCAAGUAGAAGCUGAACGUCCACUUCCCCAUUUGAUCAUAGAAAGAGCUUAUAAACGACACCACGACGAUGAAAGCGACAAAUGUUACGAUAAUUUUUUUAAAAAGAUAAUGAUAUAUUAUAAAAAGCACAUUCUAAAACAAGAAGUUGACGAUGACGCGAGCAGUUUUAAUGAAUCUUUAGUUGGAAUCAACACAGCUGAUGUAAAUCUUGAAGGAGAUUUUAGUUUCAUGAAGUUCAAAAACCAGCGGCAAGAAGUUUACAGUGUUGAGGAUCAAAGUUUGAGUUUUGAUGAUUUGGAGUCUAUUGGUAUAUUGUUUUGAGCAUAUUACUAGAGAGUUUGGUGAUAAAAAUAAUGUUUAGUUUAUAUAUAUUAAUAGUUUAGUGUUUGGAGUAUAUUACUAGAGAGUUUGGUGAUAAAAAUAAUGAUAUGAGUGAUAGAAAUCAACAUGCUGCUGAAAGAGACACUGUUAAAAAUCAACUGGGUACAAAUAAAGAUGGAGACUCAAGGAUCAGUCAACAAUUAUUGAAAUAUCGUUGUGGUGGCUCUUCCAAAGCUACCAGCUCUGAUACGGACAUUAAUUCAAAAUCACGAGGUGAUGUCAUCGACAGUGAUGCUACUGAAAUACUUGAGCGUUUACAAUAUUCGAAAUCGUCUAAUGAUGAAGAAAGUAGUACUAAAGUAGACGACAAAGAAAAAAACAGUGAACUAAGCUAUAAUUUAGGUGACAGUUGUGUUAUUCCUGUAAAUCUACAAAGUCUCACAGGAUAUAUAACCAAAUCUCGUUCUGUAGAAAACCUAACUGCUCCAAAGUCACCACUUAAACUAACUAGAAUACCGGACAUAAGUCAUCUCUUAAAUGAGAGUACAAGUGACGAAAGGGAGCGUCCGAUAGCUUCAUCCACGCCCAUAGAAGAAUAUGACUUCUUAGAAACAAUAGCUGAAGUGCACAUGGUUUUGGAUCAAGACGCUUUGAAAUGUCCAGAUCAUGAAGAUGAUAUUCUGCACAGUAAUACCGAAAGAAGGGAAGCUGAAAAAAAUCACACGUCUCGUGAAGAUACAAGCGACGUUGAAGAAGACAAUAAUAUUCGUCACGAAAAUCGUGGACAUCCUGAUCCUGAAAUCGAAGUUAUGAGAAGUGUACACACGUCAUCACAAAGACUGUCCAUAGAAUGUCAAACUUUAUCGUCUAACACUGAGUCAUCUGUGCCAGAUUUCAGCACUGCAUUAUACUUAUCAUUCGAAAGCAUUAGAAAUUCAAAUAAUGGCAUGAAUGCAAGAGAAACUUCAAUUAUUAAUGACUAUUUUCCAAGAAUCAGUGCGAUGGAAAGAAUUUCUAUAAAUGAAAAUGAAAAAUUAAGAGUAGGACUCAAAAGAGUAUUCAGUUUUCCGGAAAAUUCUACAAAAAGAUUGAAAAGUGUUAACACACAGACCAAUGAAAUUGCUAAGCAACGUAAACACGCAUUUGUGCCGACUAUCCACAUGGCUCUUCUUGUAAACAUAGUUACACAAACUGAAGAAAUGCCUAAAACCAAUAUCGAUAUUCAAACCCAAGUCGAUACGCAAGUUAAAACUGUACAAAUUCAGACAGAACAAGCGGCUACAAAUAAUAUAGAAAUUUAAAUUGAAAUCCAGGAAGCAAACAUGAUUGAUUCAGAAUCACAGACUGAUGAUUUUUUAGAAGGACGCUGGCAUCGUUAUUGCAAUUAUUAUGAAAAUAACAUAAAAUUUUAUUUUUUCUAAUUAUUUCUGACCUCUAAUUGGGAUUCAUGUAAUUUUAAGAAUUUAUUUUAGAUUUUUUGUUUAGGCUUCAUUUUUGAAGCACAACAUUUUGCGAUAAUCAUUUUGAGUAGUUGCAUUAAAAGAGACACCUUAGAAUAAUUCUAAGUGAGACACAAUACUACCACUACUACUACUACUACGUUACUACUGUAACUAUUUACCGCCGAUGCAUAUGCAGUAUCAAUUUAAGGACGGUUACCUAUCAGUAGUCCAAAAUGACAUUUUCAUAACCUCGAAAGUAGUUGUAAGAGGAAAAUGUUUUUCUUUUAAAUCUAACCUAACCUAACCGAACCUAAUAGUGUCUUUGCGAUAAA